AUGGUGCUCCAGGCCACAAUCCCACCUGGGAUGCGCUGGAUCCAGCCCGUGCCCUACCGCCUGGAGCUGGAUCAAAAGAUUUCAUCAGCUGCUUGUGGCUAUGGAUUCACAUUGCUCUCCUCGAAAACCAAGGAUGUCACGAAAGUUUGGGGUAUGGGCCUCAACAAAGAUUCUCAGCUUGGAUUUCACAGGAGCCGGAAAGAUAAAACGAGGGGAUACGAGUAUGUUUUGGAGCCCUCACCGGUUCCACUGCCUCUGGACAGACCUCAGGAGACACGGGUGCUGCAGGUCUCUUGUGGCAGAGCCCACUCGCUUGUCCUCACAGACAGUGAAGGAGUUUUCAGCAUGGGAAACAAUUCUUAUGGGCAAUGUGGAAGAAAAGUGGUCGAAAAUGAAAUUUACAGUGAAAGUCACAAGGUCCAUAGGAUGCAGGACUUCGAUGGACAAGUGGUCCAGGUCACCUGUGGUCAGGACCAUAGUCUGUUCCUAACGGAUAAAGGAGAAGUCUAUUCUUGUGGAUGGGGUGCGGAUGGGCAAACAGGUCUGGGUCACUACAAUAUCACCAGUGUACCCACCAAGCUGGGUGGAGACCUUGCAGGAGUGAAGGUGGUCCAGGUUGCCACCUACGGUGAUUGUUGCCUGGCUGUGUCGGCUGAUGGAGACCUCUUUGGUUGGGGCAACUCUGAGUAUCUGCAGCUGGCCUCUGUCACGGACUCCACACAGGUGAACGUCCCGCGGUGCUUACCCUUCUCAGGAGUGGGCAAGGUGAAGCAGGCUGCAUGUGGUGGCACUGGCUGUGCUGUGUUAAAUGGAGAAGGACAUGUUUUUGUCUGGGGCUAUGGAAUUCUUGGGAAAGGACCAAACCUAGUGGAAACUGCUCUUCCAGAAAUGGUUCCACCCACUCUCUUUGGCUUAACGGAGUUCAACCCAGAAGUCCAGGUUUCCCGCAUUCGAUGUGGACUCAGCCACUUUGCUGCCCUUACCAACAAAGGAGAGCUGUUUGUUUGGGGCAAAAACAUCCGAGGGUGCCUGGGAAUUGGCCGCCUAGAAGACCAGUAUUUCCCAUGGAGGGUGACGAUGCCUGGGGAGCCCGUGGAUGUGGCCUGUGGUGUGGAUCACAUGGUGACUCUGGCCAAGUCAUUCAUCUAAAUCUCCUGCUGACCCAGCCCUUAGGAGGUGCAACCUGAAGUCCGGAGACGUGGUCCCUGCUCCGGUGAGACCUGCCAGUGCAGCACCUCACAUCUGCCUUUAUCGGGUUGGUCCGCAGGAAGAUGGGCCCCAGGCCCUGCGGCCCCAGCGUGGUGAGGAUCAUUAGAAUGUCUCGGCUCUUUCCUGGGAGCACGGGAUGGCCUCUGGUGUCACGUCUGGCCCGAGAAACUGGUCUUCACAAAUAUUUGCUCAUGAUAUGCAUUUUGUUUGAUCUUGAAAGGAGCCUGACAGAGUGCAGUGCUCAGGAGGCUUCUGCAGCCCCUGGAGCACAGCAGAGUUAGGGUGAGCGUGUGUGGGCACGGGGCAGCCCAGCCUGACUGAGGGAGCCGGCUGGCUUCGGCCUGGGGUUUUCAUUUAGGUCUCCCCUCCCAAAGUGGACCCUGAAAGCCAGCUUGCUGGUGGGACAUGCCGAAAUCCUUUGCUUGGAUUGGGGUUCUCCCUGAAAAUAUAGUGGGCGCCAGCUCGGCACCCCAUGGGCUCAUGGCUGUCAUCAGCCUCGUAACCAUUCUCACUGCCUGGCUGGGAGAAGUGGAGAAGCCCCCGCGGGAAGAAGAUCGAGGCCAGAUUCUUGUGGCUGAGGGCUCCGAACACAUCCGCAAAAGCUUGGCUGCAGUGCCAGUCCUGGAGAAGAGAUCCAGAAAUUGUGGAAAACAAAGAGUAAUGUAACUUGUCUUAUUCUUUAAAAAAAUAUUUUAAAAACCUCUUUUGGAAUAAAGUCUAUUUUCUGCAUUUUUAUUCUUAA